CAUAUAGAUGGUUGACACGAUAGAUACUUUAUGUAGUUGUACUAUGCAAUGUAAUGUAAAAUUUAGGCGCAAUAACAAGAGGGAGGAGAUAGGCGCCAAUUAGAUCACCCACACACCCUUCUUUGCCGCUUCCCAUCCCCCCCCACGAUUCCUCCGUCCAUCCCUAACCGCUGUACAUGUAUAUAUAUCUAUCUAUAUCUAUACAUACAUAAUAAUAAUAUCUAUAUAAUAAUUCAGUUUUCGACUGAAUCAAAUGACACAACCACCGGUUUCCCCUUCCCUCCCUCUCAUACAACCACCGCAACCUCCGCCACCGCUACCACCGUUACCGCGGCCGGCCUUCCUUCCGACCGGCGGUUGUCAAGUUCGUUGCGCCGGUUGUCGUAUGAUAUUAACCGUCGGUCCAGGUUUGACCGAGUUUGUUUGUCCGACGUGUCAGAUGCCGCAAAUGUUGCCGCCGGAACUGAUUAGGAAUAAUCCGGUACAGGUUCCGGCUCAUGGAAUCGAUCCGAGUAAGAUCCAACUGCCGUGCGCUAAUUGCAAGGCUAUACUUAAUGUUCCUCAUGGUUUAUCAAGGUUUGCUUGUCCUCAGUGUAAAAUGGAACUUGCUGUUGAUCUCUCUAGAAUUAAACAGUUUUAUCCUCCUCCUCCUGAGGAAGUUAAUGAGGUAGCUAUUGAAGUGGAACGAGAAGAAGAUGGUGGAGGUGUUGUAGGAGAAACUUUCACGGACUACCGCCCACCGAAGGUGGCUAUUGGUCCUCCACAUCCAGAUCCUAUCGUGGAAACUUCCUCUUUAUCCGCAGUGCAACCACCUGAACCAACAUAUGAUCUUAGAACAAAGGAUAACCUGGAAGCUUCAAAAGCAUUAUCAUGCUUGCAGAUUGAGACACUAGUUUAUGCCUGUCAGAGACACCUCCAACAUCUUGAAAACGGAACUAGGGCAGGAUUUUUCCUUGGAGAUGGAGCUGGUGUCGGCAAAGGACGUACAAUUGCUGGAUUAAUAUGGGAGAAUUGGCACCAUGGGAGGAGAAAAGCAUUGUGGGUUUCUGUUGGUUCAGACUUGAAAUUUGAUGCUAGAAGAGAUUUGGACGAUGUAGGAGCAACAUGUAUUGAAGUGCAUGCUUUGAACAAACUCCCUUAUGCCAAGCUUGAUUCCAAGACUGUUGGUAUCAAAGAGGGUGUUGUUUUCUUGACAUAUAGCAGCCUUAUAGCUUCUUCUGAGAAGGGCCGUUCUCGAUUGCAGCAGCUUGUGCAGUGGUAUGGCUCAGAAUAUGAUGGGCUGAUUGUGUUUGAUGAGUGCCACAAGGCCAAAAAUUUGAUACCUGAAGCUGGAGGACAACCAACACGAACGGGUGAAGCGGUUCUUGAACUUCAGGCGAAACUUCCUGAAGGACGUGUUGUUUAUUGUUCAGCAACUGGUGCAUCGGAACCCAGAAAUUUGGGCUAUAUGGUCCGGCUUGGUCUUUGGGGAGCUGGAACAUCCUUUGAUGGUUUCGGUGAUUUUUUAGGUGCUCUUGAUAAAGGAGGAGUAGGGGCACUUGAACUUGUUGCCAUGGACAUGAAAGCGAGAGGGAUGUAUGUAUGUCGGACUCUGAGUUAUAAAGGAGCAGAAUUUGAAGUUAUCGAGGUUCCACUGGAGGCCAAAAUGACGGAGAUUUACAUAAAAGCAGCUGAAUUUUGGGCUGAAUUGAGGGUUGAAUUGCUUUCUGCAAGUGCCUUUCUUGGUGAUGAUAAGCCUAGCUCUAGUCAGCUGUGGAGAUUAUACUGGGCGAGCCAUCAGCGUUUCUUUAGGCAUGUAUGCAUGUCAGCAAAAGUGCCUGCUGUUGUACGCCUUGCCAAGCAGGCACUGAUGGACAACAAGUGUGUGGUCAUUGGUCUUCAGAGUACAGGGGAGGCAAGAACCGAGGAUGCAGUGACAAAAUAUGGGAUAGAACUUGAGGACUUCAUAUCUGGACCUCGUGAGCUGUUGCUUAAGUUUGUUGAAGAGAACUAUCCUUUGCCUGAAAAACCUGAAUCUUUGCCAGGAGAAGAUAGUGUGAAGGAACUUCAGCGUAAGAGGCACUCUGCAAAUCCUGAUGUUUCUUACAAAGGGAGGGUUAGGAAAGCUGCAAAAUGGAAUCCUGCAAAUGAUAAUGAGAGUGAUGAAGAGUCUGAAUUAGCUGAUUCUGGCAAAGAAUCUGUAGAAUCUGAUGAUGAGUUUCAGAUAUGCAACAUAUGCAACUCAGAAGCUGAAAGGAAAAAAUUGCUCCAGUGUUCAUGUUGUGGUCAACUUGUGCAUCCGGCAUGUGUAGUUCCUCCAGAAAUGGAUGCGGUAUCUUCCGAUUGGUCGUGUCAUUCUUGUAAGGAAAAAACAGAGGAGUAUCUUCAAGCAAGACAUAUCUAUCUAGCAGAAUUACUGCGAAGGUAUGAAGCUGCCGUAGAGCGCAAGUCAAAAAUUUUGGAUAUAAUCCGUACGUUUGAUCUUCCAAACAACCCAUUGGAUGACAUUAUUGAUCAGCUUGGAGGCCCUGGUAAUGUUGCAGAAAUAACAGGGCGACGAGGUAUGCUUGUUAGGGCUUCCAACGGAAAAGGAGUCACUUAUCAGGCACGAAACACGAAGGAUGUGACUAUGGAAAUGGUCAACAUGCAUGAAAAAAAACUCUUCAUGGAUGGUAAGAAACUGAUUGCCAUUAUUUCUGAAGCUGGAUCAGCAGGAGUUUCUUUGCAGGCGGAUAGAAGAGCCCUUAACCAGAAAAGAAGGGUCCAUAUAACUUUAGAAUUACCUUGGAGCGCUGAUCGUGCAAUUCAGCAAUUUGGAAGGACACAUCGUUCGAAUCAAGCUUCUGCACCCGAGUACAGGUUACUAUUCACAAAUCUCGGAGGUGAACGCCGGUUUGCUUCCAUAGUUGCAAAGCGAUUAGAGUCCCUUGGAGCUUUAACGCAGGGGGAUCGGCGGGCUGGACCAUCUUUAAGCGCCUAUAAUUAUGAUAGUUCAUAUGGUAAAAAGGCCUUGGUGAUCAUGUACAGGGGACUUAUGGAGCAGGAUACUUUUCCAGUAGUUCCACCAAAUUGUUCACUUGAUAAUCCUGCCACAAUCAGAGAUUUUAUUGAAAAGGGAAGAGCUGCUCUUGUAUCUGUCGGCAUAGUUAGAGACAGCAUUAUUGGUAAUGGCAAGGAUUCUGGAAAGUUUUCUGGCCGCAUAGUUGAUUCAGAUAUGCAUGAUGUUGGACGUUUUUUGAACAGGCUUUUAGGACUGCCACCAGAUAUCCAAAACAGGCUCUUUGAGUUGUUUGCUAGCAUUCUUGAUCAUCUCCUUCAAAAUGCACGCCUUGAAGGACAUUUGGAUACUGGGAUUGUUGAUUUGAAAGCUAACACUAUUGAACUGCAAGGAACUCCAAAGACUGUUCAUACUGAUCAUAUGUCUGGGGCGUCCACUGUAUUAUUUACAUUUGUUAUGGAUCGGGGAAUUACCUGGGAGGCUGCGUCUGCAUUGCUUGGUGAAAAGCAAAAGGAUGUGACUGGCUCUUCUGCAAAUGGUUUUUAUGAAUCCAAGAGAGAAUGGCUUGGAAGAAGACACUGUCUUUUGGCAAUCGAAGGCUCAUCUGGCAUGUUCAAGAUAUUUCGCCCUGCUACCGGGGAAACACUCAGGGAGAUGCCCUUAGCUGAGUUGAAGGACAAGUAUAGAAAGAUAAUGUCACUAGAGAAGGCACACAGUGGAUGGAAGGAUGAAUAUGAAGUUUCAAAUAAGCAGUGCAUGCAUGGUCCAAAUUGUAAGCUUGGAAGCUUUUGUACAGUUGGAAGAAGAAUACAGGAAGUAAAUGUACUUGGUGGCAUAAUUCUACCCGUAUGGGGAACAAUUGCGAAGGCCCUCUCUAAACAGGCCCGUCUAAGCCAUAGACGAAUACGGGUUGUGCGUAUAGAGACAACAACAGAUAAUAAGCGAAUCGUUGGACUUCUUGUACCAAAUGCAGCAGUAGGGUCUGUGCUUCAAGAUCUAGCAUGGGUUCAAGACAUCGAUGACUAAGAUAGACUUUUGGUAGGCCAUUUUUUGGGAUAGCGUUUAUGGAUAAUUGCUAUUAGAUGUUUUUGCUAUCUUCCAUCAACUACAUCCAACAAACAUUUCCAAGGAGUACAGUAGCCAACCGAGUCUUUUGCAGCUGAUAAAUUGAUGUCUGACUUAAUUCUUUUUGCUCGGUUUCAGUUUUUUGUAAUUAUAUUUACCACGGGGAAUUAGUAUUAAUAGGCGUAAAUGUAUAAAAACAAACUUGUAAGGAUGAUGCUUCCACAUUUUCAUCAAUUAUAUUUACAAGCAAACUCAUAAUGGGUUUUAACUUUUUACUUCCUAGAGACUGAAAAUUUUUAUAUUCUGUGUUGUACCGAUAUUCAUAUAUAGUUACAGACUAACACGGUUUCACAA